AUCCACAAAAUAAAAAUUAAGAAGACAAAAAAGAGAGAAUCUUUGUCCGAGCAAAGAAGAGAGGACGAGAGGAACAAGAACAAGAAGACGUCAGCCCGAUUUUCCAAUGGACGCAGCGAAGAAGAAGGCACUGUUUCGAUCCAAACUGAACGCCCAAAGGAAAGAGAAGAAAAUCGAUUCUCCUCUUGUUAGGUACAAUGAAUUGGAUCAACCAGUUUGUAGGGUUUGCGAUGUUGUUUUGAAAUCUGAAUUCCAGUGGGAUGCUCACCAAGCUUCUCGUAAACAUAUUGAGGCAAUAAAUAACAUCAAAGUGAAUGCAGCUCGAUUAAAGAAUAUUAACAAUGCAAAAUCUGAACCCUCUGCAGUGUCAACUGGAUCCAAGCAUGCAGAUAAUGCUCAGCUGCAAGAUGCAAAAUCCGAGUCAUUGACACAAUUGCCCAGACCUCAGUCGGCACUUCCUCCAGAUUUUUUUGAUAAUAAAGAGGCAAAGAGACAAAAAACUGGUGCAGAUGCUGUCAAGCCAUCUGAGCUAGAUUCAUCUUUAAAGCCAGCCAGUUCUAUUCAAACUAAGGCGACACGGUCUCUCUUGGAAGAUGAGACUGGUGGAUUGCCCAGUGGUAAUCAUCUGCAGACAAAAAAGACUGAGGAUGCUCGGGGGAUUACAAACACACCCGCUGAAAUUUCUGACUCACAAGCCAAGAAAGGACAAGGAGCUCUUCCUGAGGGCUUCUUUGAUAACAAGGAAGCUGAUUUACGUGCUCGUGGUAUUAAGCCUGUUAAGCCAGAUGUCAAUGAUGAGUACAAGGAAUUUGAAAAGCUGAUCCAAGAAGACCUGCGGGAGGUGGAUGACCGCUUGGAAGAAGAGGAGGUUGAUGCAGCUGAAACUAUCGAAGAAGCUGAAUCAUUGGAGCAGAAGACAUACAGAGAAAGAGUUGAAUUGUUGAAAAAAAAGAAAAUGGAGUUAAUGGCCGCCAGGGCUUCCGAACGCAGCAAAGGUUCUGAGAUUGCUAGCAAAGAGUCUAGCCAUGAAGAUUCAUCCAGCGACGAUGACAGUGAUGUAAAUUUUGCUGUUGAUUGGAGAGCUCAGCAUUUAUGAAACGACGUGGAGACAUGACAAAAUUUUCUGCUGGAGGGGACUGCUACAUGCUCAUCUAUGUAUGGUCAUUGUAUGGAUAUUAGUAUAGCCUACUUAGUCUUUCCAGAUAAAGAGUCCAAAAAUUUAACAGCACUAACAGGGAGCAAAAUUUUCCAUAUAUACUGUAUUGUAAAUUAGGUUUUUAAACAAACCAAUUCAAAUAUGAAUGCCUGUCAUAAACUAAAAGGGAAGAGAAGGCAUGAAGCUUGGUUAGUCUUCGAUGAAUCAUCCUUUCAAUUAUCAGAAAUAAAUCUGUAAACUUUUUGAA